AUGUCGUCACUAAUUACGGGCAAUCAGGCUACCUUCCCUGAAGUCAUAGUGGAGGCUAGCCACCCCAAUCAUGCAACUCUUCAGGGCUUCACAACUGCCAUUUAUGAAGUAGGCUGUCUCUUCGGUGCUCUUUCCAAUCUUUGGGUUGGAGAUAAGCUCGGUUGCCGUAGAACAAUUGCUUUAGGAGGCAGUAUAAUGAUGAUCGGCGGCAGAACUGGUCUGAUAACAUCGACAGUGCCAACAUAUCAUGCGGAGCUCUCCCCUUCCGCAAAGAGGGGUCGAAUGAUUAUGAUGGAGGGGACUCUGAUUGUGGCUGGAGUGGCCAUUGCCUAUUGGAUUGAUUUAGCACUAUUCUUCGUGAAUUGGUCGUCUGCUCAGUGGAGAGUUCCGAUAUCACUGCAGUUAGUGUUUGAAAUUAUUGUGGUGACAUGCAUCGGAUUUAUUCGAUUUGGCACGCUACCUGAUCAGAAUCCUAGGUUGGUAAAGCAUGGUCGGAACGCAGAAGCGAUGGCCGUUAUAUCCACAGUGGAAGACAAAUCUCCCUCUGAUCCAGAAGUUCAGCACACCUACUAUGGCAUUCGUGAGGCUGUUGCCAUUACCGGGGGUCGCAGCCAGAACUUCAGACGAACAGUCAUUGCUGUGUUACGCUGUACGCUAUACCACCACGUGAUCUACUGUGGCAAUACUGAUAUCACGCAGACUAUCUUAUUCCAGCGUCUUGGUCUCUCUGAUGUCAACGCGCGGAUUACCGCUGCUGCCAAUGGCACAGAAUAUUUUCUUGCCUCUUUUAUUGCUUAUUAUGCUAUAGACUAUGUUGGCAGGCGUCAACUCAUGCUGAUUGGAGCCAUCGGUCAAUCCCUUGUGAUGCUGCUCUUGGCCAUCUUAGGAUAUAUCAACAUUGGACCAGCGCAGAUUGUGAGUGUAGUCCUGUUAUUCGGCUUUAACACAUUUUUCGCUAUUGGGUGGCUCGGAAUGGCCUGGUUAUACUGUGAUGAGCUUGCUGGGCUCAGAACCCGUGCACAAGCAAAUGCACUAAGCACGGGCAGAACCCGAUAUUCAACACCUGGGGUUAGGACGGCGAGUGGCGACAAGGAGCGUGUAGAACUGAUGGCUGCCAUCUACGACAAACCUCUCAAGCGUCAGGACUACUCAGGCAUUGUCGACAAGGACAAAGCCAAGGAGGCUGCCGACAAAAGGCGGGAAUCAAGCCUGUUGAGAAUCCGAAUGCGGAUGACCCCAAGGCUGGCGCAGAUGUCGGAAAGAUUGUCAAUCUUCUGGUAUGAGACUCUUCCGCGGACCGUUGAUGGCAAACCGUACGGUGGUGUGUCUGUCGUUGAUGAUGAUGCAACGUGGUGUUAA